AAAUUAUCAUGAGGAUAUUAAGUAAAGAUCAUGUUCAUGAAGAUAUUUAGUAAAUCUCCUACUGUAAAUAUAUGAAAACUUAAUGUUUGAUUAGUAAUAUGCAUUGCUAAGAACUUCAUCUGAACAACUUUAAAGAUGAUUUUCUCAAUAUUUAGAUUUUUUUGCUCCCUCAGAUUCCAGAUUUUCAAAUAGUUGUAGAGUUUUAUUCCUCUCUAUAUUCUGAAGGAUUUUACCGAGGGAUUUGUUCAUAUUUGAUUCACACUGAUUUAUACAACACUUUACUCCUUUAAACAUGCUAAAAACGUGUCUUUUGACAGUAUUGUUUUAUUUAUGGAGUGAUUAAGAAGAGAAAUCUAAAUUUCCCUCUGGAAACCUUUAAAUCUGAUAUAACCUCAGAAUCAGAUCUGUUUUCGGUUCAGUUCAGAUCUGUUUUCUAGAAACGUGGAGCAUAUUUAGACACACAAUGAUUCAGCCGCAUGAUUAAAAAUGACAACCAAUGUUUGCGCUGCUUUAUGUAAUCAGUCAUCUGGGAAAUUAAGUUAAAUGUUUGGUACCCUAUGGUGCCUUUCCUUAAGAGCAUUUCAUUUAUUUUAUACUGUUUUUACAAGAACGUCAACAAAAUUAGGCAAUUUUAACCCUGGGCACAAAUUCGUACUUUAAAUAUGAAAAUAUGAAGCAUACACACAAAAACAUUUGAUGUUCAGAAACAAACUGCCACUGACUGAGUGUGUGUGUGUGUGUGUGUGUGUGUGUGUGUCUUCGCUAACACACUAAUAUUGCUGCCGUGUCUCUGAUGUCUCUCCUGUUUCUCGUUUAAUUUCAUGCUAGCUAACUUGGAUAGCACUGAAGUACGCUCUCUAUAAGAAGAUGACGCAGGCGGCGAUACUGAUCCAGAGUAAGUUCCGCAGUUAUUACGAGCAGAAGAAGUUCCAGCAGUCUCGGCGAGCGGCCGUCCUCAUCCAGCAGUAUUACCGCAGCUAUAAAGAGUACGAGCGCGUCAAGCAGGGCCCGCGCGGCCCCGGGGCCCUCAGCACCAAGCUCAAAGGCUCGUUCCUGACCAAGAAACAGGAUCAGGCCGCGCGGAAGAUCAUGCGCUUCCUCAGACGCUGCAGACACAGGAUUAAGGAGCUGAAACAGAGUAAAGAGCUGGAGCGCAAAUAACACACACACACACACACACACACACACACGCUCACACACACACACACACACACACACUUGUUUUCUCCCGUCGUCGCUGAAACACUACUGCUAUGUUCAGUUUUCCUGAAUGUUGGGAAUGCUUUCUGUAUAGAUGUAAACAUACGCUGUGUGAUCAGAAACCCUUCAGAUUAUUUAUUGAUCUCUUGGAGAUGUAUUUUAUGAACCACAGAAUGAACCGUAUCCAGAGUCUUAAAUCGUAGUUGCCAUGGUAACAGACGGCGGAACUGUAAGUUGCCUAGUGAUGAACACGCGAUGGUUCGUUAAAGAUCAUCACCGUUCAUGAUAAUGAUAAUGAGUAUAACAUCAGUCCAGUAAACAGAGGAAAUCAUUUCGAUUGGUCAGUUUAUAAGAGCAGGUCAGAAUCAGUGUGAUCGUCUCCUGAUCUCGUGUGUGUUUGUGUGAAUCUGCUCACACUCACAUUACUGUAUGUUACUGUACGUUACUGUACAUCAGUUUAUCUGUGUAACACAACAGAUUCUGCUGUGUCUUCAGUCUGAUUCAAACACACCUGUUCUUCAGUUCUGAAACUCCAGAUUCAACACACAGCCCUGAAUCCUUCUGAGAUCAAGGACAUGAGUUUCUCAUUGUUUCUAGAUUACAUUUUUUUUGGUCUCCCCAAAAAAGUAAUUUAUCUUUCCAAAAAAUGUUCCUCUAAAAAACUUUCUCUCCAAUUUAUUUUCUCUUUCCCAAAAAUAAAUUUAUCCACCCUUAGAAUAUUUUCCCCAAUAAAAAAAAAAAAAAGAAAUUCAAGAAUUUUCAAAAUUUUUAUUCUCAUGAAAAAUAACUUUUUCUCUUCAGAUGUAAUUUUUUUGGGCCUAUCUUCAAAAAUCUUUUUCUAAAAAAAAAAAACUCCAAAGAUUUCUGAGAAUAUUUCAGGCUUUGGCUCAGGGAAACGUUCCUGUAUGAGCAGAAUAAAGAUAUAAAAACGGUGAAUUAUAAUCACAAAUCAGACAUUUUUCUGUCAGUUGUGAGUUUACGUGUCACAGUAAAUCCCCAGAAUAAUUCUGUGUUUAUGAUGAAUAGCUCAAGUAAUCUUCCAUGAUUGUGUGAUCUCAGAGCGUCACUAGGAAUCAGUUUUAAUGAUAUUUCUGAAUGUGCCUUGAGCUGUUUUUAUCUGAAGAACUCGUUCUGUCUCGAUGCAGAUCUUUAUGCAUUAGUCUGUAAAUACUGUACAAUAUAAAGAGCUGGUGAAAAUAUAUUUAAGAAUGAAGACUUGCUUCUGCCUGAUGAAAUGUUUAAUUUAUGAUAUGCACGCUUCUAUAUACCCAUGAGAUUCUUCAGCAUGUGUUUGCUUGCUGCUGUUUAUGGUUUGCAUGAGUGUGUUUCUGUUCAUAUCUCCACUCACAGGCCUUUAGCUCAUGCUGACGUGACUUUAUUUAUGAAUCUAGAUUCAUGGACAUGUUUGAAUUGAUUUCUACUGUAUGAAUUCAUUGACAUUUUGCAGAUAUUUGUUCAGGCUGUUUUACCGUUUCAUAACGUUUCAUUAAAAUUCUUCAAAUUCAA